AUGAAUCUUUUUCGAAUCUUGGGGGAUUUCUCCCAUCUUCUCUCGAUCCUCAUCCUCCUCCACAAAAUGCACCAAACAAACUCCUGCGCCGGUAUAUCCUUCAAAUCGCAAGCGCUCUACCUACUCGUAUACAUCACCCGCUACCUCGAUCUCUUCUGGACCUUCACCGAUUCCCUCUACAACACCACUUUCAAACUACUCUUCCUCGCCUCCUCGGGCUAUACCAUCUACUUAAUGACCACCUCCUUCAAACCAACCCACGAUCCAAAUCUUGAUACAUUCCGCGUACAAUAUCUCCUUGGAGGUUCCAUCGUCUUGGCCCUCAUAUACCCUUACGCCUAUACACCCGCUGAGAUCCUAUGGGCCUUUAGUAUCUGGCUGGAAUCCGUAGCUAUCCUCCCACAAUUAUUUUUGUUGCAGCGAACAGGAGAAGCCGAGACUAUUACAGCCAACUACCUAUUUGCAUUAGGAAGUUACCGUGCGCUUUAUAUACCCAAUUGGCUGUGGAGAUAUUUCCGGGAAUCGCACUGGGAUGGAAUUGCCGUGCUUGCGGGUGUGGUUCAAACGAUUCUUUAUUCGGAUUUCUUCUGGAUUUAUUAUACCAAGGUUAUGAAGGGAAAGAGAUUUACUUUGCCCGUAUAA